AUGAGUUCGAACAAAGAACGUGCGGCGGCGAGUCCAUUGGUCUGCAGGCAGUACUCUGCGUCUAUGCCGAAUAUAAUGCUUUUGACACCGGCUGAAACUGACGAAAAGAAAAUUCUAGCGCCAACCAAGUCGAAAUCCCUACCUGCAGAACUCGAUGUGGCUGCGCCGGACACUUGCAGUGUGGAUCUGCAGAGUACCGCGGACGCUGCGAUAAAGGACCUGCAGCAGGUGGUGAUCGCGAACGCAGCGGUCAAACCUAGGAACCGUAUCGUUUCUUCUACCGUUUCGUUAAACGACAUGGAUUUGUACUUGGCAAAGAGCCGUGCCAGCUGUUACGCCGAAAGCCGACUGAAAAAUCUCUAUUUUUCCGUGCCAAACAUCAUGUCGACGACGCCCGAAAUGGCCAACCGUGUACCGCCGUCCGCCACUAGUAGCCCUGCAUAG